AUAAAGUCAGGCGAGUAUGGAGGACAGCCUCACAGGCUGAAGGACCUGCCAUGUCUGGGCGGGAAGGCACAAAAAUGGCGGAUCUCCGCCCCUGAGGAUAAUGAAACAUUCUCAUUCUGGACACCGCAGCCUUCAAGAUUCUAUGUUGAAACCAUGAUCUGGUUUGUUCUUCAACCGAAACAGGAACAUCCUGCCACCUUAAGACUCCUCUUUUGUCUGUUUCUCACACGGGUCUUGUGGGUCUCCACCCCCAAAGCUGAGGACGCGUAUCGUGACUUCGGGAGCUGAGGCAGCGGGCGCCGGACCGGUAGCGUGUGACUCAGCCUUGAUAGCAGAAGACAGAUCUUUGAAUCCCCGCCCGUUUAAAGAUGGUGACUGCCAAGGUGUGGGUACUGAAGAAACAUUUUGAGGGCUUCCCCAAAACCAGUGACUUUGAAAUGAAAGAGGUGGCACUGGCAAACCUGAAGGAUGGAGAGAUGCUGCUUGAAUCAGUGUUUCUUAGUGUUGAUCCUUACAUGAGACCAUACAGUAAAAGGGACAUGAAGGAAGGGGAUGUAAUGAUAGGCACACAGAUUGCCAGGAUUGUAGAGAGCAAGAAUCCAGCUUUUGCAGUAGGGGCCUUCGUUGUGGCUAAUAGCGGAUGGAGAACUCAUUUCAUCUCUGAUGGAAGAGGCCUGAAUCUCCUUCCUUCAAGCUGGCCAGAAUCACUCCCCAAAUCUCUAGCACUUGGGACAAUUGGUAUGCCAGGCCUCACUGCUUAUUUUGGUCUGUUUGAGGUCUGCAAGAUGAAGCCAGGAGAGACAGUGCUGGUUAAUGCUGCAGCUGGUGCUGUGGGCUCUGUGGUGGGGCAGCUUGCUAAAAUAGGGGGUUGUAAAGUGGUGGGCUGUGCUGGCUCAGAUAGCAAGGUUGCAUAUCUGAAAAAAAUAGGCUUUGAUGAAGCCUUCAAUUACAAGACGGUUUCUUCCUUGGAUGAAGCACUGCGUAAAGCCUCUCCUGAUGGCUAUGACUGCUUCUUUGACAACGUGGGUGGAGAAUUUGCCAGUAUUGCUAUCAACCAGAUGAAGAAAUAUGGAAGGAUUGCAGUCUGUGGAGCCAUCUCUCAGUACAAUGACUCUGUGCCUCAGAAAGGGCCUUAUGUUCAGUUUCCAAUGAUCUUCAAGGAACUUAGCAUGAAAGGGUUUAUUGUGAGCAGCUGGAGUAACCGCCGGGAGGAAGGUGUGAAGGCGCUGCUCAAAUGGGUUCUGGAGGGAAAACUGAAGUACCAUGAACAAGUCACUGAAAGAUUUGAGAACAUGCCAGCAGCUUUCAUUGGGGCAGGGCUGGUGACCUAUGUGAAGAAAGAAUUGCCAGGAAGUGCCGUGGUGUCUGCUGCUCUUCCUUCAUGGGCUCUCCACACUUGGACUUCUCCUCCUUUUCUUCUUUUUCUGACACUACUAGAAGUGAUAUUCCAUAUAUGCGGUAACACAUUUCUACUUCUUAUUUGAGAUCAACUUGUAUCACACUUACUAAAUACAACAGUAUAGUUCAUAACUACUUUUAUUUUAAGAACUAAAACUAAGAACUAAACUAAGACUAAAACUAAGAAUUAAACUAAUGAUGGUGAUGUUUCUGGUGGUUCUGUUCUUUCAGGAAGUGCCAUGGUG